AUGGCCCCCAUAAAGCGCAAGGGCAAUGCUGCAGAUCAACCAGUGACCCGUCAACCUCAGAAGCGUGUGCGGGUGGGAGCUGAGGAGAGCAGCAAAGAUCAGAAGAAGCAGAAAACAUCGGAAUCCGCAAAUGCUCCGAACGCUUCGGAGCUUUCAGUACUACGCGAUGAUGAACCGUCGUUCCCUCGUGGUGGAGGAAGUGUCUUGACCCCUCUCGAGAAGAAGCAAAUCCACAUUCAGGCGACUAAAGAUGUCCUUUUCGAGCAGAGGGGUCCCAAACAGUCCUCUGGCAAUUUCGUUGACGAAGAUGACGAUGAGGACGUCGAGAUGGGCGAUGCGGACGACAAUGCGACCUCUACCAAACAGUCUAAGAAAAGAAAAACCAAAGGCAAGAAGCGUGCAGAGCAGGAAGCCAAGGACAAGCAGGGUGUGCGAAUUGAAGGUCUCAACUUCAAGCGCCUUGUCCCCGGGUCGAUGGUACUAGGUCAGGUUUCAAGCAUCAAUGCACACAAUAUUGGCUUAUCUUUACCCAACAACCUCACUGGCUACGUUUCGUUGACUGCCAUAUCGAAAGUGCUGGAGGACAAGAUUGAAAAGAUUCUUAACGACAACGAGAAAGAAGGAAGCGAUGCGGAAGAUGAGUCGGACGAUGAGGAUUCGCUGGAUCUUAAGAACUACUUCUAUCUCGGCCAAUACCUGCGGGCAUACGUCGUUUCGGUUGGGAGCAACUCAGCAGACGCUCCCUCUAAGAAUAAGAAGCGUAUCGAGCUCACAAUCGAUCCGAGGCAGACAAACACCGGGCUCGCGAAGACGGAUUUGGAGCUCAACACCGCCGUGCAAGCGUCCGUUGUCAGCGUUGAAGACCAUGGUCUCGUGAUGGAUCUUGGUAUCGAAGGCGCGAAUGUCAAGGGCUUCAUGUCCUCAAAGGAGAUCGAUUUCAACACGAAAUACUCGAGCAUUAAAGAAGGAUCGGUAUUCUUGUGUAUGAUUACCGGCCAGAAUGCGAAUGGAAGUGUCGUGAAACUAUCUGCCAACCUUCAGUCUGCUGGAUCUAUCAGGAAAUCGCAUUAUCUCAGCACCGCGUCUACGAUCAACUCAUUCCUCCCUGGCACAGCGGCAGAGAUCUUGUUGACCGAUGUCUCCUCGAGCGGUUUGAUCGGUAAGAUUAUGGGCAUGCUCGAUGCUACAGUGGACUUGGUGCAAUCGGGUGCCAACUCCGGAAAAGAGGAUCUGGCCAAGAAGUUUCAAAUCGGCGCCAAGAUCAAGGGUCGCAUUGUCUGCACCUUCCCAUCUUCCACGCCGUUCAAGGUUGGCUUUUCCCUACUUGACCACGUCCUCAGGUUUGCGACUGAGGGUCAUGGACCUGGCACCUCGGAGGAUGCUCCGGCAAUUUCUGCCAUUGUGCCCGAAGCCAAGGUGGUCAAGGUUGACCCUGGACUUGGUGUGUACGUGAAGAUUGGAGAUACUAAGAAGAUGGGUUUCGUCCAUGUUUCCCGCUUGGCUGAUGGAAAGGUUGAGAAUAUCGCCCCCGACCACGGUCCAUUCCGGGUAGAUUCUGUUCAUGAGGCUCGAGUAGUCGGCUACAGUGCUCUCGAUGACCUGUAUCUGCUGUCUUACGAGAGAAAGGUUAUCGAACAGCCUUUCCUACGUCUUGAGGACGUCACCGUUGGAGCUGUCGUCAAGGGAAAGAUUGAGAAGCUUUUGAUCGGACCAACUGGUGUAGACGGCUUGAUUGUGGCUCUGGCCGAUGGCAUCACGGGUCUUGUCCCCUCUAUGCAUUUCGCAGAUGCAGCUCUUCAAUUCCCCGAGAAGAAGUUUCGCGAAGGCAUGGCGAUCACAGCGCGGAUCUUGUCAGUCAAUCUUCAGAACCGCCAGAUUCGCCUGACUCUAAAGAAGAGUCUGCUCAACAGCGAAUCCGCUAUCUGGAAGGAUUAUGAAGAUAUUGUUCCUGGGGCUCAGUCUCCGGGAACCAUUGUGAACAUUCAACCACAUGGUGCUGUCGUCCAGUUCUACGGCUCCGUCCGUGGAUUCCUCCCUGUGUCAGAAAUGAGCGAGGCUUUCAUUAAGGAUCCUUCGCAACACUUCAGACAGGGUCAAGUGGUCAAUGUCCAUGCUUUAAGCGUCGACCCAUCGCUUGGAAAACUUGCGGUUUCUUGCAAAGACCCUUCGACUUUUACCGAGAGCUAUAAAAAGGCAUUCGAGAAAAUCCAGCCCGGUAUGCUUGUUACUGGCACAGUCUUCGAGAAGUCUGCCGAUGAUCUACUCCUCAAAUUGGACGAGUUUGGCCUCGUAGCUCGUCUUGAUUUGGCACAUGUGGUUGAUGGAUCCUACCCCAAACAAAGCUCGACUCUUUCCAAGAUUCGUGUCGGCCAAAAAUUGAAUGAUCUUCUCGUUCUUGACAUCCAACGCGCCCGUAGACUCAUCAAGGUAUCGGCGCGCGCAAGCCUCAAGAAGGCUUCCAAGCAGGGCUCCCUCCCGGCUAAGUUUGAGGAUGUUCAAGAAGGUACAGAAGUCACUGGGUUUGUUCGAAACAUUACUGCGGAUGGCCUGUUCGUCGAGUUCCUGGGCGGCAUCACCGGUCUGGUGCCCAAGAGACUCCUGGCGGAGGAAAGUGCUAGCAAACCCGACUAUGGCAUGGUGAAGUCGCAAAUUGUCACUGCGACUGUGCACUCUGUAGAUGCUGACUUCCGGAGAUUUAUCCUAAGCAUGAAUCCUUCGGAACUCACCUCGGCCGGCCCGAAGAAGCCUGCCCCGAAGCCUACGCCUUCCAAUGACGCCGUCGCCAAUGCUGUGGACGAAAGCAUUGAGGCCAUGUCUGAUUUCACUUUCGGCAGGACUGUGAAGUGCAAGGUUGUCUCGGUGAAGGCGACACAAGUCAACGUCCAACUUGCGGACAAUGUGCAGGGUCGUAUCGAUGUCUCCGAGGUCUUCGAUGAGUGGGAAGAUAUCAAGGAUCGCAAACAACCUUUGCGCUUCUUCCGUCCGAAACAGAUCAUCUCGGCCAGAAUUCUGGGUAUCCAUGACGCCCGCAAUCACAAAUUCCUCCCGAUUAGUCACCGGUCAGGGAAAUUCCCUGUGUUCGAACUGUCCAUCAAGCCCAGUUUUCUCGAGGCUUCCAACCCCACUCCGUUGAACUUGGAGCAGGUUCAGACCGGUUCCUCCUGGCUGGGCUUCAUUAACAACAUCGCCGAUGACUGUCUCUGGGUCAACCUGUCCCCGAACGUGCGUGGAAGACUCCGUUUCAUGGAUGCAUCGGAUGACCUGUCUCUGCUUGCCGACGUUGAGAAGCAUUUUCCUAUCGGCUCUGCUUUGAAGGUUCAUGUUACCGCCGUCGACACCGAAAAGGGCCGUCUGGAUCUCGCAGCCAAGCAACGCUCCGACAAACUGUCCUUCUCAGACAUUACUGUCGGCAUGGUUGUGCCUGGACGCGUCACAAAGGUCACCGAGAAGCAGGUCAUCAUGCAAUUGAGCGAUUCGAUCGUAGGAGCCGUCAACCUGAUUGAUCUGUCAGACGAUUAUUCGAAAGCGGACCCCACCGUCUACAACAAGAACGAGGUGCUCCGUGCCUGCGUCGUCGGGGUUGACAAGGCGAACAAGAAGAUCUCCCUUUCCCUCCGGCCGUCCAAGGUUCUGAGCUCCUCGCUGUCAGUUCAGGAUCCCGAGAUCACGUCCAUGAAGCAGCUCAAGGUGAAUGAUGUUGUGCGCGGUUUCGUGAAGAGAGUCGCUGAUAGUGGCCUCUUCGUGGCACUGGGUCAUGAUGUCACCGCAUAUGUUCGGGUCUCUGAUCUCUCGGACUCAUAUCUCAAGGAGUGGAAGGAUUCCUUCCAGGUUGACCAGCUGAUCAAGGGACGAAUUACUCUUGUUGAUCCCGAGCAGGGCAGACUGCAGAUGACUCUUAAGGAAUCCGCCCUGGACCCGAAUUAUAAGGCGCCCGUCACGAUUAACGACCUCAAAGUCGGCCAGAUUGUCACCGGUAAAGUUCGCAAGGUGGAGGAAUUCGGCGCUUUCAUCGUUGUUGAUCGGUCCGCGAACAUCAGUGGACUCUGCCAUCGCAGCGAGAUGGCUGAUAAGCGAGUUGAGAACGCCAAGGCGCUGUAUGAAGAGGGCGACGUCGUCAAAGCCAAGAUCAUCAAGAUUGAUCGUGAUCAAGGCAAGAUCUCAUUCAGCCUGAAAGCGUCUCACUUCAGGGAUGAUGACGAGGAUGAAAGCGGCAGUGAUGAAGACGAUGUGUCUCAAGGUGUCAGCCUUGAUGGAAUGGAAGAUGUUGAUUUCGAAGGAAGCGACAGCGACGAUGACGAUGAGGAGGGAGAUGAUGAUGAGUCCAUGGGAGGCGUCGACCUCGAGGACGACAGUGAUGAUGACGAGGACGACGAAGACAGUAACGUUGAGAUGGACAAUGCUCCUUCGAAUCGGAAAGGAGGACUUGGCGAAGCGGGCUUCGACUGGAGUGGCAAUGUCAGAGACGAGGAGGAUGAGGCGGCGCGGUCGGAUUCCGAAGAUGAGGAUGACUCCCGAAGGAAGAAGAAGAAGAACCGCAAGCCAGAGAUCCAAGUCGACCGCACCGGCGAGUUGGACGCUAAUGGACCACAGUCCGUAGCGGACUACGAGCGUCUCCUGCUCGGCGAGCCCGAUUCUUCGCUUCUAUGGCUUCAGUAUAUGGCUUUCCAGCUGGAGCUUGGAGAGCUUGAGAAGGCCAGAGAGAUCGCCGAGCGUGCUCUUCGUACCAUCAGCCUUGGCCAGGAUACUGAGAAACUGAAUAUCUGGGUAGCGCUGCUCAACUUGGAGAACACAUACGGCAACGAUGACACUCUCGAGGAGGUUUUCAAGCGCGCCUGCCAGUACAACGAUACUCAGGAAAUUUACGACCGCUUGACCAGCAUCUAUAUCCAGUCCGGAAAGAACGAGAAAGCGGAUGACCUCUUCCGAACUGCUCUCAAGAAGAAGAUCUCCAACACGCCCAAGUUCUUCCUGAACUACGCCAGCUUCCUCUUCGACAGCAUGGCGGCUCCUGAGCGCGGUCGCGGUCUGCUUCCCCGCGCUCUCCAGUCCCUGCCCUCCCAUACCCACGUGGAGACGACCUCCAAGUUCGCCCAGUUGGAGUUCCGCUCCCCCAAUGGAGAUAUCGAGCGUGGUCGGACUGUGUUCGAGGGUCUUCUGUCUUCGUUCCCCAAGCGAAUUGACCUGUGGAACGUGCUCCUGGAUCUGGAGAUCAAGAACGGCGAUGCAGAACAGGUACGACGACUGUUCGAGCGGGUGCUUGGCAUCCGGGACGUCAGGAAGGGCGCCGCUGCUCCUCUGGACGCGAGUAAGAAGCUCCGGCCCAAGCAGGCUCGGUUCAUGUUCAAGAAAUGGCUUACCUUUGAGGAGAAGCUGGCGGCCGACAAUGGCGGCAAUGUGAAGAUGGUGGAGGAGAUCAAGGCUAAGGCAGCGGACUAUGUGAAGUCGCUGCAGGACGCAUGA